CUAAAAUCUUGGACGAGGACAAAUUCAAUCACAGGCGGCGUCCAAAGCAAAGAUUCAUGCAUCAUUGGAUCUGGCAGUUGAUCAUUUUAAGGGUCACCAGCAGACGCCAGUUCACUUUUCCACUCACGCAAACGCAACAAUAGAGAUCAGCUGACGCAUUUCAAGUGGUUAAAGAUGGAACUAGAUAUAUAUAGCUGGACGACUUACAGAGGCAUUACACCAGAGUCAGCUUUCUCGAAUUAUAUAUGUUCUGUUUCGAAGCUACUCGAUUCCCGAAUUUUGACAGUCUUCUUCCAAUGGAAGUCAUUUCCGGGACCUAAUGGGCAGCGUAGCACGCGAUCGAGGGUUUCACCAACUCAGUUAUCGAGGUGCUUGCUGAUUAAUAAGCAUGAGUUCAGUAUUGACGGCCGCCAGAACGCCUCAAAGGAUUCAGCUCUCAUUGUCCAGCAAAUGAGGCAAACAAUUGCAACACUAUAUGCUUUUUGCCUUUUCCCACCAGCUAGUAAGCGAUGUUGAAAGAACUACUCGUGCUGUUGUGGCCUGUAAUGUUGAUACUUGAUAUUGAAAUAAACCAUACGGUCAUUUUCUUUGGUGAGAUUAAAAUACAACAUUUAGUUUAUAUAAUACCAUGUUUAUCUCCAUGUGUGAAAAUUUUACGAUGCCAGCUAUUCUGGUUUAGUAUUAGUCUUUUCCCAUGGUAUCAAAUGAUGUGUAAACAUCCUAAUUAAUAAAGGAGUUCUUUGUUAGAAAGAUUUUGUAGAGUUCAGAUACAGUGACAUAAAUAUAAUUAUACUAAAUAAAAGGCUUCUUUUUCUUUUUCCUCUUCUC